GAAUGGGCAACGCCUCUAGCGACGGCGUACGUGCGAAGCAGCGCCCGUUUGAAGUCAACCGUCAACAAAGGGUCGUUGCGGCGUCUCCGUUCGGCUACGUAACGUUAAUUUAAGUGUGAAAGACAUGCACGUCAUAACCACCGUUCUCGUAGCAUUGUGCGCUGUACUCGGAAAACUUAUUUAACGACACUCAAAAGACCAAUCAUGCCACUUCUAAGUCGCUGCUGGACGCCUUUCCUCCUGUACCACUGGACAAACCUCCGCUAUGGGAGUUUUUACUCUGCGAUGUACACAGCUGUGUAUCAUGUUUUAUUCAUAUUCUAUGCCAUAUAUGCUAUCAACGGAGGAAGAACUGAUUAUUUCUUCAGUCCAUACUUCGAGCUUUCAAUGAAAGGAAUAUACGUUGCAGCUGGCUGCACCAUGGGCUUUGGUGUCGUCUUUCUCCUUUUCACGCUAAUGUUGGUCAUAGGCAUCAAACGUGAUAACCGUUGCCUCUUCUUCCCAUGGAUGAUAUCUGUUGUCAUCGAAAUCCUUCUCAUGAUUGCUGUAGGACUGUGGUACAUUGGCCGCUAUUACAGAAAUCUUUACUCCGUUCUGGCUGCUAUCAUCCUAUGGUGCAUCGAUGGUGUUCACGUCUACUGCUUCAUGUGUGUCGUAUCGCACUACCAGGUGGUCCGUGACCUUCAGGAGCCGAAGUUCCAGAUUUUGUACCCAUAAUUUUACAUCCAGCUGUUCAGACUGCAGGCAAAACUGGGCAGGCACAUACCUUCACGAACACAUCCAAUUUCUACUCCCAUCUUCUCGUAAGUGCAAAGAACAUGCUCAGGAGCCAUAUUAAUGGCAUUGAAAAUUCUCGAGUUAAGAAAGCAGAGGCACACCAACAGCAAGGGACACGCUAAAAGUGAGAAAAAGGAUGUAACUAAUGUGAGGAUGCUUUGCCAAGUACUGCUUUUAUUAGAUGAAAGAGCCACUGCAGACCCAAUUGCAGCCGAUUCUGAUGUUUGCAGCUGCUGUUGAGUUGGCAUAUUCAACUAAUGGGAUCCUUUGGAGAAGUGAAGACAUACCUUUGGUCUAUUUAGUCCAUACAUGCUGCAUAACAGUGCCAGAGAACACAAGAGACCACACAGAGAACAAAGACUGAUGUGCAGCUCCCUGUGCAGAGUUAGUUCUACGGUGCUGUGUUGCUGCAAGGAAAGGCUGAACUAGCAUCACCAUCACUCUCUAGAGCUUUUUAGUGCUACUAGUCUAAAAAGUGGCACAAAGCAGCUAGCAGUUGGCAGCAAGCAUGCUGCGGGUUGCCCUGUUUCUUCUGACAAAAUGGUGUUCGGUACUCACGGAUUGAAUGCGCCAGUUUUCGUGUCAUAUUGCUGUCAUUUCAAUUAAAAUGCUUGCAUCAGAACUACCA